AUGAGGGAGGUCAACUUUAGCAUCCCUAAUGUGAACAAGGCAUCCGUCAACAUCACAACCACCCUUUAUGACAGACGAGCCUUGGACUGCACAUCGACACUACCUCUCAUCAAUUCUCUCAACCAUCUGGCCUAUUUGACCACAUCCUCGGGCCGAAUUCGAGAUAUCCUCACCGUCGAUGGCGGUAUCGAGCGGUUGGUAUGCAUACUCAAGGAAGGCCGCAGUGGGGAUUUGAUGGAGAUGUGGAAAUGGAGUCUUGCCUUCCAGUGUGCCGUUAACAUCGGUGUACGAGGAUCGGAAGCCGUGCGAACGCGUGUGGUCGAAGCCGACGUUGUCCCUGUGAUCGCUACCAUUCUCGAUAAUUAUAUUCGAGUCGUUGACAAAGUACGCGCUCGUGCCGAUGCCGAUCGGUCUUCAUCAAGAAUAGUGGGAUCCUCAUCAAACAAUCAUUUCGUGCGAGAACAGGCUGGCCUGUCUACAUCUGCAGCAACCAUCUUUGAACGCACGGCGGCCAUUGAACAGCGACCCUCUCGCCGGCAGGCACCUCCACCUUCCAUUCAAAUUCCUCAACCUUUCAGCCAAGACCACGUCCAUCCUCAUCAUCACCACCAUCACCGACACCAUCACCAUCAUCAUAAUAAUGGUAAUAAUAAUGAAGCACAAGCCUCCAACACCGAAUUCACCCCAUUCCACCAGCCAGCUUUGACAUCUCCUCCCGAACGAACCACCUUUGGCCGUGAUGUCCUUAAUCCACGAUCUCACGAUCUUCGAUAUCAAAACAAUACACAAGAUAUUCGACAGAUGCAACCCCUCGCUACCGCUGUGCCCACCAUGGAUACUGCCGAUGGAGUUCACCAUCGACCCGUCCAGCACACCCUCCGUCUCCCUAGUAUGCAUCUUACCACCCCUCGCACUGCUGGACUCGUCUCUCAACCUGAUUCGCCUACUACACCUAGCGGUCCAGUUCAAGCCCGUAGCAUACCCCAGCCUGCAGUGCAAAUCGUGCGACCGACGCUACGUCAUCUCCAGUCUGGCUCUGGCGACUCGGACGAUGCCAAUGGGGAGGAUUCUCCCAUGGCUGACGAAGGGCCAGCGGGUGAUGUGUCGGAACCUAUUGUCGGUGUACAAAACUCGAUGGAAAUCGAUAACGUUGAUGGCGACGAGUCGAUGCUAGAAAAUACUGACUCUCACGGCCUCACUAUGGCUGAUCCAUCACGAAAUCAAGAUGCGGAAACAUUCAACAUCACUCAUCGAUCUGCUGUAGAUGGCAGUCUCGUCAACACCACAAACCCUCAGACUGCUGGUGCGCUAGGCUUUUCUCCGACAGCUGGUCCAGCGAACGCAAACUCUCCGGUGAUGAACGUUUUGAAUCACAGCCCUUAUUCCACGUUCCUUCGCAACCAUAACUCUCCACUAGGUGUUUUGAAGGGUAUGCCCAGGGAUGAAGACGUGCUCAUGGCCUUGCAACUACUUGCCUACGUUUCCAAAUAUUGCAACCUUCGAAGCUACUUUCAAAAUACUCAUUUGGUUCCUAAGCUCAAGAUCGGUCGGGAAUUAGAUUUGCUGGACGAGCACAACAAGACAUUCCUGACCGGUGAACGAGCAGACGACGACAUGAUGUUUGAUGACAAGGAAGAAGGAAAAGCCGAUGAUGAUGAGGAGGAAGAAGAAUAUUUGCUUCCUGACAACCUCAACAUCUUCCCAUUAGUAGAAAAGUUUACCGUGCGACAUCAUUCCAAGGAUAUGCAAUACUGGGCAUGUGUCGUCAUGAGAAACCUGUGCCGCAAAGAUGAAUCCCGUGGAGAUUCCACAACGACGCCAAUGAAUUGGGACACGUUAUCCUUCAACAUCGCCACUUUUAUCUGCGGCGUCUUCGUGCUCGACUUCGGAGCAGACAAGUUCAUUGAUCAUACCGUCAUCGUAGGUCGUCGGCUGGGUAUAUCGCAGACACUGAUCGCCCUGUUGACAGUUGGCGCUGAAUAUGAGGAACUCGCAGUCGUCAUCGCAGCAAUCCUGCAACACCGCUCCCCGCUAGCACUCGGUAACAUAAUCGGCUCCAGCAUCUCCAACAUCCUCGGCGCAUUCUCGCUGGGGUUACUGUUCCAGUCUGCUCCUGUCUUCGGCACGGCAGACAGGUUCGAUGUUACAGCCAAGAUAUAUACAGCGCUAACAUUCCUGGUUACCACUGUUGCGGUUGGGGUUAUCUAUUUCGAUUUGCUGAAUCGCUUCACGGGGGUUGUGCUGGUUGUUGCGUUUCAAGUAUAUGUUGCCUCGAUUGCAUAUGCUAUAUACCGCGGCUUUAAUAUCCCGGUUUCCGACAGUGACAGCGAAAGCGACGACGACAGCGACAGCGGCAUCGGCGAGGACGAUGAUACCGUAGUACCAGCCACAGAAACAUCCCCUCUCCUACACCCUACAGACCUCCCACCAGCCAGACAACAACGCCGCAAACACCGCUCUUUACUCUACCACAUCAUCCAGCUCCUCAUCGGGCUUGUCACACUCACUCUGUCAGGCUACGUCCUCUCUCACAGCGCCAGCUCAAUCGCCGAUUCUCUUCAUCUGUCCGGCACAGUGUUUGGAGUCACCAUCCUCUCAUUCGCAACCACGCUGCCGGAAAAAUUGGUUGCUGUGCUCAGUGGUGCGCGCGGUCAUGGAUCGAUUAUGGUCGCGAGUACGGCGGGGAGUAACGUCUUCUUACUGACGCUGUGUCUUGGUGUUGUUGCCAUGACUUCUAGCAUGCCGCCAAGUGGUGUCAGCGGGGAUAAAAUGGUGAUGUUUGAGUUGGGGGUUGCCUGGGCUUCGGCGGCGGUGUUUUUGUUUAUUGUUGUGUUUGGGGGUGGGCGCGUUGCUGGUGCUGGGCUUGUGGCUGCCUAUGUUGCAUUUUUGGUUUUGGAGUUUACUGUUUAUAGGAGAUGA